UAGAUGCAGUCUUAAUCCUCAUACGCCUCUUGCACACAAAACAACAGAGGUUAGCACUUUUUGAAGAGGCAUUAUGUACGGGAUCCUGACAUUGAAGAACAAGUGAGGAAAGCCGGUGAAACCCAACUUUCAUAACCGACAAUGUGUGGAGUAUUUUAAGAGCUUACUGAUAAUGGUUGUUCUCUCUGAACUCGUAAACCCUAAACUCUCAGAAGGAUCUUCAUCUUCUUCACCAACUCAUAGCCACACUUCAUCAAUUGAUGGUCAUAGAUAUGACGUAUUCUUAAGUUUUAGAGGUCUUGACACUCGUCUUAGUUUCACCAAUUACCUUUACGACGCACUUAUAGAGGCAAAUAUCAGUACCUUCUUGGAUGAUGAAGAGAUUGAAACAGGUGAAGAUCUGAAACCGGAACUGGAGAGUGCAAUUAAGGCAUCUCGGGCUUCUAUUAUCGUGUUGUCCGCGAAUUACGCAACUUCAACAUGGUGCCUCGAUGAAUUGGUGUUGAUCCUUGAGCAGCGUAUGACAUCCAACCAUAUUGUUAUUCCGAUCUUUUAUCAGGUUGAACCCACCCAUGUCAGGAAGCAAGAAAGUAGUUUUGGGGAUGCAAUGGCUAAGCAUAAACAGAAAAUGGAUAAAGAGACAAACGCAAAUAAAAGAAGUCAAUGGGCUCAAAAGAUGGACCGAUGGAAUAAAGCGCUUAUAGAAGUUGCUAAUUUGAAAGGAAAGGACAUAAAUGGAAGGUUUGAGGCGGAGUUUAUUGAAGAAAUUGUGAAUGACAUCUAUCUUAGAUUAGAUGUGCAUUUAAGGAUUGCUCGUCCGCUACUUAUUGGGAUGGACUAUUCCAUUAACUUCAUCAUUUCAUGGUUGAAAGAUGGGUCCUCAAAUACAACAGACAUACUCACAAUUUUGGGUAUGGGAGGGAUCGGCAAGACAUCUUUAACCAAAUAUGUCUAUGGGUUACAUUGUCAUGAGUUCCACACAAGCAGCUAUAUUGAAGAUAUUGGUAGGAGAUGUGAUGGAAAGUAUAAUGGGCUGCUUGAUAUACAAAAACAAUUGUGCGGUGACAUUUCAAAAACAAGUUCAAUUCAAGUUCAUGAUGUUUCGGUAUAUACCUCAAAGAUAGAGAAUGCAGUAACCCGUAAAAAGGUUUUUAUAGUUCUUGAUGAUAUUGAUAGUAUUGACCAGUUGGAUGCAUUACUUGGAAGCAAAAGUUUUCAUCAUGGAAGCAAAGUUAUAAUAACAACAAAAAACAGAUGGUUGAUAGAGAGUUGUGCACUAUUUAAAAGAAACGUUAAACCCAAGAAUGCAAAACACUUUCUUCAUGGGUUACAUAAGGCUGAAUCACGACAACUUCUAUGUUUCCAUGCAUUCAUGUGCAACCAUCCCAAGCCAGGUUACGAAGAGGUGUCAGAUAAGCUUGUUAAGUAUUGUCAAGGACAUCCAUUGGCUCUUAAAGUUUUGGGCAAGUCUCUGCAUAAUCGUGAUGUGGCAUACUGGGAAGGGUGCAUAGAAGGGCUAAAGAAAGAAAUUGGUUCCCAUAUAAAUAAUGUCUUGAGAAUGAGCUUUGACUCUUUGCCAUCCGAAAAUGAUAAAGGAGUUGUUUAAGCAUAUUGCUUGUUUUUUUGUUGGAAUAGAUAGAGAUGUUACCAAAACAAUAUUAGAAGCAUGUGAUGUAAACACAAGAUCUGGGAUUACGAAUCUCAUUGACAGAUUCCUUCUUAGUAUAGGAACAAAUAAUGAACUGGAGAUGCAUCAAUUAGUCCAAGAGAUGGGAAGAUUCGCAGUACGUCAAGAAUCAGUUAAUAAGCCAUGGGAGUGGAGUCGAGUAUGGUGUCACGAGGAGUCAUUCAGAGUGUUAAAACGAAAAAAGGGUAAGGAAAAUCUUCUAGGUCUUGCCCUUGACAUGCGCAUGCUUGAGAAAGAGAACAAUAUUGAGUCAUUUGUCGGUUAUAUUAAUCCAAAACGACUUGAGAAGAGGCAAAAGUUAGAUGGAUCAUGGUUUAAAGGCAAAACGUUUCUUGGAUCAUUGAAGAUUCUUAAUUUAAGUUUCUGUAAACAACUUCGUAGUCUUGGUGAAUUUGAUCAACUUCCUGCACUUGAGAGGCGUGUGGGACCUAAUUCUUGGGAAUCUGGAAUCCAGAUGUUUUAUCAAUUUGGAAUAUUCAGCACAAUUUAUGAAAGGGUAUUGAAUAUGAGUAUAUCACAUCCUCCUCUAUUUAAUUUGGAGUUUUAA